AUGGCAAAAAACGCAAAGUCAUCUGCAACGGCAGGAACGCGUAAAAAGCAGGCCGCUAAGAAAGGCGAGGGCGAGCAGCAGCCCACGAAACAGCAGCAACAGCAGCAGGGAAAGAAGAAGUACACAAAGAAGCACGGUAUCGGUCAGUCUAAGCCACCGCCACCGCCAAAGAGAUACAUUCCUCCCCCAAAGCCGCCACGCCCUGCUCCAGAUCCACUCGAGGCUUGGGGACUGGCGAGUGUCCUCCCAGCGGAUUUGGUUGUUAUUUUAAAAAGAUUCAGUAAGAAGGACGCCACCACUAAAAUUAGAGCUGUCGAAGAUCUACAAAGCUGGGUCGCUGACGUCGACAACAGAGAAGGCGGCACAGAGAGCUUAGUGGUGGCGUUGCCAGUUUGGCUUCACCACCUCCCUUCAAUGCUCCUCGCUUCGAAUAGAAGACUGAGGCAGGUUGCCUUGAGCCUCAAUUUGGCACUGUCUUCGCCCAACAUUAACGACGUUAGAUCCAAUAUGCUCUACACUAUUAGCGAAUCUAGCUACGAGUCCUCGUUGGGCGCGUGGCUGCUUGCUAAUCCACAAUCAUGGCUCAGCAAUACCACAUUCGAGGAGGUCCCAGAAGGAGACGACCGCAUUCAGCUUCUCGAGGAAUAUCAACUUGAACCUCUCAUUAAUUACAUCAGCGCAGCUAUUCGCUCUCCGUACCUCCUCCUGCCGACUGCUGGUACACCUGGUACACCACUCACAGAAGCUAAAAAGGAUAUAAUGGCUGAGCAGGAAGAGAAUUACAAGUCUAAAGACGCUCGUAUCAAAUCAGCUGGUUUGAAUGCCUUGGGUUAUCUCAUUACGACCAUUCCUCAAGGCUUCGACGUGCAAGGACUGCUUAGGGACCUGAUUGACUCAGGUGCAAUUGCCGAGUGUUUCAAUGCUCCCGAGGGUGAAGAGAUUGUCAGGAGGUCUGUUUGGAGUCUUCUUCUACCGCUCUUGAAAAGAGACGAAGGUAAGCUAAUCGAAAGCAACCUCCAUUCGUUCGCUCCAGUCAUUAUCAACAACGCUUUCAACGAGAAUGACUCCACUGUCACAUCUGUCAUGUUUGAUGGUCUGCUAACGUUCCUCCAUCGCUUCCCGUCUGCAUGGACUAUCGCAAUCGAUGAGGAGCAAGAUGAUAACCAAGAUGGGGAGAGGAUACCAAAAUGUCUUAGCAGUCUGCUCACCUUUUUAGAGCUCGGCUGUAGAGCAAGUCCACCUCAGGUAGCCUACUCAAGCUUGCUGGUUAUUCUCAUGACUAUGCCAAAGGAAUACCUCACUCAAUCAACACUAUCAAGACUGUUGGUAGCCUUCUUAGCACCUCUUUACUCAAACAUAUUCCCUUCACCGCCUGUCCUUCAAGCUAGACAUGCUGAGGCUCUUUUGAAGUCAAUUACGGAAUGUUUGGUGGCGAUUGUUGCAAAUGUAGUUGAGUCAAGAGAUACUGGCCUUGAAGUCGCAACAGAGUGGAUCAAAGCUAUUUGGGAGGCGUUUGUCACUUCACCAACACGUGAUGCUAAGCUGCUCAAGGCUAACGUUGUCGGUCCUACUCUCCAAAAUGCAUUUAAAAAACUCCACACAGUUCAGGAGCAGAAUCUCGAUAGUGCUGUAGAUACAGUCGAGGAAAUUACAUUGGAUUCUGAAGACGUCUCAAGAAGCACUGAAGUAUUGUGUGAAAUGGUGAAAUCAGCCGAUGGCGCGAUUGAAAAUAGAUUUGCAGGUCUUCUAGAGAAAUUAGUAAAUAAUUCGCUCAAUGAACAAGCCGAAGCCAAUCUCGAUGUCAUUGUGAUUGCUUUGAGAGGCAUCGAGUGUAUCAGCAUCAUUGAGGGGGUCUUGCAACAGCUCGACGACUUUAUCACGGUGACCUUGCCAACUCUUGUCGCUGGCCAGAGCUCAUCAGAAGCAACUGACCUGCUACUUGCCUAUAUCGCCAAACGCGACAAUGGUAAUAUGAUUCAGCAGGCUUGGAAAGGCGUACUUAGUGCUGAACCAUCACUCGAUGUCGUCGCUAAGCUUCUAGAUGCAAACGCCAAUGGUGACCUGGAUGGGAAACAACUCGAGGGCGCCAGCACAAUGGCUGGAAUUGACGAAAUGGCCUUGCUCUUGGCCAACAGGGACAUUGAAGGCGAUUCAGAUCAAGUAGAGAAGCGAGUCAUUAACGGUAUUCUACAAUCAAGUGAUAAGUUCAUAAGUACAGUAAUGCACGGAUCCAUCGAGCGUCUCUAUAUUGAUUCUUUCAGAGGCAGUGUUUACUCCAAACUCUAUCGCAAUUCAAAUCACCGUGAUGUCAAUUUGUCAACUAUCAAACAUGCAAGCAUCGAUGUUCUCGUACAGCUUGCCAAAGAAAUAUUUAUCGAAGCUUACAUUGUCAAUGAGGACGCAACGGCUAGAGACCUUUGGAGCAGAGUUUAUAAUGUGGAGAAAGUUUUCUCAGCUGUCAAAGAUUUCGUUUUUGGCUUGAUAUCAGAUGUGAAUGUUUUGGCGGAACCCAAGACGAUAUUUAAUGCAUUUUAUCAACAUUUGAUAAAGUAUGAGUCUAAUGAUGAGCACGUGGCUCAACAAUUCAUCAAUUCCCUUAGCGCUCAAUAUGAUCUUCAACUGGACCUUCCAUUGCCCUCUGCCUUGGCCGUUCUUGACGAGCUCGUCCCUCACACCUCCGAGUACGAUGACACCGCACCAAACCACACCGAGUACGACGAAAGGGGUCACUCAAGUCUCAUUAGGAAUAUCGAAGGGCUUCUCAGCUACUUUACGGCUGAUAUGUCAAUUGCUGUGAACAACGCAAGUGCACUCAUCAACUUUUUCGGCGCAUUGAGACUCGUUGAGGAUGAGAUGAGCAUUAGAGGAUGCACUAGUGCUUUCUCUAAAGAGAGCGAUAUGGAAUCAUUGGCAACUAUACACGAUUCUCUGAGGACGAGCGUUGCUUACACACUCUACAAAAUUAGUUCCAGUGUCGAUCAAAGUGCACUGAUAAGGGUAAUUAGGAGUGGCGGAGAGGCAAAUGAUUCACUUUCAGUGGCUCUCAAAACACUUUAUUACGAUGGAAGAGUGAACAGCCUGAGACUCUUCCGCGACAUGCUUCAUGGCGUGCUCCAACGUGUUGAGGACGUCGAUGGCGACAGGUGGUUGGGUAUGACUGGUGAGGAGUAUACAAAGGCCAAUGGAGAGCACAGGGCAAAAGCUCUGCUGUUAUCUGUCAAAUCUUACACCCUGUCUUCACCACGUCUGGCAAGACUGCAGAAUGAGAUAGCAUCCAAACUUACCAGCAUCUCGGCAGCUGAUGCCUCAGAACAAGGUUUACCAUUGUUGAGAUUGCUGAUCAGUGCUGCGCCACCAUUGGACGCUGAAGAAGGUCUGCUUCCUCAACAAAGAGCGCUCUAUCUGCUUAAGUGCUUGCGCGAGUGGGUAAUGAGUGAUGAAGAUCUAGAUGAGGAACUUGACGGCAGAUUGUCUGAGUUGUUUAUUCAUCUUGUUCCGGUUAUACAAGGAGUCGACGGUUCACACUGGGAUUUGAUAUUCGACUUGGUGGAGGCUAACAUUGAGAUCGCAUCGUUGGACGAGGGCGUACUACUCUAUAACUCGCUUAGACUGUUUGAACAGCUUAUGACUCUAUCAAAGACCAACUCGGCACUCAGCAACAUCUGGAAAGAUAGGCGUGCAAUUGCAUUUGAGCACCUCCGCACUCUGUUCUUGAGCUUAGGCGACGACAACGGCGUUACAUCGACUAGGCCGCGCAAUGUAUGCGAAGAUCUCGUUCUUAAAUUGGUCCAAGCUGUUCCUAAGGAUCUUAUCUCUGAGGAGAGUUUCGAUCCGAUGGUCAAGAUGCUCAACAGCUACUCUACAGAAGUCCGCAAAGUGGCACAUAGGUUGUUAUACAGACUUAUCAAGACUCAAGUUGAGAAAGCAGCAGUGGAUAGUGCAGUGGAUAGUAGCUACGAAGUUAAACUACCGGAAGUACUAACGGAGAAAAUAAGCGAGAGAAUAACUUACUCGAUAGACGAUGUGGUAAAGAAUGAGAAUGUCAGAAAGCACGUCUUCUACUUAUUGCUGGUGUGGGAUGUUACAUUCUGUCACUUCAAUCACGCUUCUGAUGCUAUGCGCGCUAAAUAUAACGAGCAAUUCCGUCAAAGUGGUGUCAUCGGAAGCGCAUUUUUGCCGCUUAUUUUCACUGUGAUGGGACUAUUUGAUAAGAACAAAACGAUCGAUUUAUCCGGAUACCUGAUUGAUGAGUUUUACGUACAGUACUACGAAAGCGACGAAUACACGCCAACUGCUGUACUCGCCGCUUUUGUUUUUUAUAAAUCAUUGAAGUAUAGCUCUGGCCAUGUUAGGGCGUGGUGGACAUCUAACCAGAACAGACAACUGUCUAUGGUAGUUAAUGGGGUGACGUCAAGGUAUUUCAGUCCUCAGAUCAUACACGAAGAGCUUAAGCAACUGCGUAAUCCAGUCUCACUGAAGGAGUUACAGACCGAGGCGUUUAGUAUAAAGGUUGCGCAGAACGCAAGUGAAGUUACAGCCACUUACAUUGUCGAUGAGCAGCCGAUGGAAAUGGGAGUAAAGCUACCGCAACUAUUCCCGCUUGAGCCGGUUGAGAUAAGGAAUAUAAGGAGAGUUGGCGUCAACGAACGACAAUGGAGAGCAUGGUUGUUGGCCGUACAGCAAGUGAUUGGCUCACAAUCUGGACCUUUAUUGGAGGCUUUGAGUUUGUUCAAGAGAAACGUCAGCUUACACUUUGAUGGUGUGACUGAGUGUGCCAUUUGUUACUCUAUCGUUCAAACUUCUGAUCGCUCGCUGCCAUCAAAGAAAUGCAAAGUUUGCAGUAACAAAUUCCAUGGCGCUUGCUUGUACACGUGGUUCCAAUCCUCGACUUCAUCUACAUGUCCGUUGUGUCGUCAAAUAUGGUAA